GCCGCAUCUCGAAUUCUCUUAGCGUCUUCCAGAUUUUCAUUUUCGACCGAUCUUUGUCGAAACGCUAUUUUCGCUACUUAGUUGCACACCUAACCGACAUAUUUGAGCAACAUACAUCGUCGCUGUAGAGCUGCACACAGCCGUUCCGCGAGGCGAGCGAGCAAGGGACAUGGCAGGGCAGGCUGGCAGGGAUGGCGCCGACGUCAGCGGCGGGGAGCGGCCCGGCGUGAGCGUGCAGCCGCCGUCGGCCGUGUCGUCGUCGUCGCUGUCGUCGCCGGGGACCGCCGGCGCGCCGCGGCCCUCCAAGCCGAAUCCGUUCGGCGCGGCGCGGCCGCGCGAGCAGGUGAUAGCGGAGCGCAAGGGCGUGACGGAGGCGGACCUGCUGCGGGAGCUCGCGUCCAAGGAGUGGCGCCCCACGGUGGUGUUGUCGGAGGCGCAGAAGGAGGAGCAGAAGGCGGCGGAGGCGGAGCUCGCCUUUGCGCGCGAGGAGCUGGCGCGCGCGCCGGCGGGCGAGGAGGCGCGGAGGGCGGAGCUGGAGGGCGAGGUGAAGGCGCGCGAGAGCAAGUUGCAGGAGCUGAUGGCGUCGUUCGAGAAAAUGGCGCUGGAGAAGCAGUCAGCAGGGGCGGGAGGGGGAGGCAGGCGCGGGGCGGAGAGGGGAGGAGCUGGGGGAGGGGCAGGGGGUGGGGGGCAUGCCCAUGCUGCCCCGGAGUCAUAUGGGGGGGGCUUCGGGGGGAGGCGGGAGAGGGAGGGGCAUGGGGGGGAGCAUGGGGGCGCGGGCAGCUAUGGGGAUGCGUGGGGGGGCGGAGGGCGGAGAGGGGGAGGAGGCGGAGGGGGAGGGGCGUGCUACAACUGUGGCGAGGUGGGGCACUUCUCCCGCGAGUGCCCCAACGCGCCUUCGGGCGCCGGGUCGCGCUCAGGCGGGUAUGGCAGCCGAGGGGGCGGAGGGGGGCGCGGCGGCGGCGGGUGCUACAACUGCGGGGAGGAGGGCCACUUCGCGCGCGAGUGCCCCCAGGGCUCCUCAUACGGCCGGUCCUCCAGCUUCGGCGGCGGGUAUGGCGGCGGCGGGGGCGGCUACGGCAGGAGCAGCAGCUAUGGCGGGGCAUAUGGCGGCGGUGGCGGGGGGUACGGCGGCGAUGGGGGGGGCAGCGGUGGUGGGUACGGGGGUGGGGGAGGGAGCUACGGAGGGGGGUAUGGAGGGGAUGGAGGGGGAGGGGCUUCACGAGGGUAUGAUGACAAGGCGGGUGGGGGAAGACGGGGUUAUGGAAGUGGGUGGGACAAUGCGAGCUAGGUAUGGGAUGUGGUGCUUGUUCGCGAGGCCCAGAAUGGCAUGUUGAUUUGGAUUGUGUUGUUCCCGCCGUCACUGCAGCUGCGCUUCUGAGUAUGGCAUCACAACUAACGAGGGGUAUUUGUCAGGAAGGGUCUGUCAUCGUUGUCAAUCCCAUGAGCAUCUCGUGUGAGGUCAUUGAUGUUCUAUGUAAUUCAACGGUUGACAGCGUUUGCUUGUGUGCUUUGAGAUGACUCUGGCUGACUGUCCAGAUGAACAUUGUGGUCUGUCCUAUCAGAAUUAGUAAAGUGAAUGAUGAUAG